UAUCAGCUGUCAGCCUUUAACCCACUCAGCUGGCAUGACAGGUCAGUUAACCUCAUUAGUGUAAGACGUCCAGCUGUUGCUUCUGCGCUCUGGUGAUUCUUCUCACGACCGCGGUGAUGAUGAAGCACCUCAUUGGUCUAUGGAUUGUGUUGGCUGCGCUCAAUGGCUGUGCGUGGAGCGCGACGCGGUUCAUCGAAGUGACAGUCGGGGGCUCCGUGACGCUGCCCUGCGUGGUGGCGCGCGACACCCGCAGUCCCUCUGCAGUCAAGCUCCGGCGCACCUGGCUGCGGCCCGGCCAGUUCUUCUUCAAAUACACCGACACGGACUUCAGCGUGGACGAGGGCGACUCCAGCCGCGUGAGUGCCAGCGGGGACCCCAGCACCCGCUCUGUCAACGUGACCAUCUCUGAGCUGAGGCUCGACGACACGGACCGCUACCGCUGCGAGUUUGUGGUGGCGAACCUCUCGUCUGAAGACGACCUGGUGCCCGGGGUGGACGACUUCUUCCUGCUCACCAGCGCGAACAGUCCCGCCUCUCAUGAUGUGGAGUGGGUGGAUGUGUGUGCCGGGGACUCGGCUGAGAUCCCCUGCGUCAGUCCUCAUGGAGCCGUGGAGGGGGUGACGCUCAAGCGCCAGAGGGGCCGCAACGGCGUGGAGCUUCUGUACCACUCCCAGCGCCACUACAGCGGCACCUCAGAGAGCCUCCUGCCCCCCGACAGGGUGCGCCUGUCGUCAGUGCCGGGUCCCCACGGUCUCACCUACAACCUGACCCUGCUGCAGAUGCAGCCGGAGGACAGUGGCCGCUACAGCUGCCAGUUCACACAGCAGGGCAAGGCCGACAGCAUCACCCGACUGGGGAGGAAAGUGGUCUUCGUUUCAGUGCAAGGUGGGGUGUGCAGCUGCUCUGGUUACACCACGCUGCUCUUCGUCGUCUGCUCGGCGGUGGUCAUCCUCGUUCUGCUGCUCGGCCUCCUGUUUGUUUGCCAAGUGAAGAUUCGCCGCAAACAGCAGCCACACCCUCAGCCUGCCAUCUACGAGGAGAUGGUUGGGGUGCAGCUCCCUGCCAGAAAACUGCGAAACCUGGAGGAAGUGGAUGGUUGUGAGUACAGGAACUUCUCUGUGAAGAGUCCCCGCCUUGAAAACCACUACGAAACUCCGAGUGGGGCCCUUCGGCCCAAAGAAUGAAGGCAUUAAAUGUCACGCACGCGUCCUUUUUUUUAACUGUGCGAUCACGUUUUCCUUUCUGUUGCAGCUUCGUUCCUUUAAGCUGAACACGGCACUGUGACCUUUCUUCAAGGUCAAGAUGAAUACAAAUGAAAGGCCCCGAUUUAGUCACAUUAAAAUGCAAAUGUUAAAUUAAAUUUUCAUUGCAAAACUUAUUUAUAUUUGCUUGGUACGUAACAAGGUCAUGCUGGCUUCAUGUGUGUGACUCUUGAGAUGGAAGGUCUCGGCAAAUAACUUCUUGAUGAAUCCGUCUGCAGGACACCAAAGCUCACCGUCGUGACCUUUGAUAUGGAGGCUGAGGUAUGAGAAGCGCUCCUUCCUGCUGAAGAUUUAGGCCUCCCUUGUUGUUAGGGAUGUGAUCAGUUCAGAGAACUUCUUGAUACUUCAUUUGUCAGAGUUCCAUCCAAAAAGUACACGGAAAUGGAGGGAAAAAAAACGGUCAAGUUCAUGACAAAUAAAGUUCACUUAAACUGAUACAAGGCUUUAUUUUGGUAAGAGAAGCCAGGAUUUCUGCCAAUUGAUAUGUUGUCGGGGUUGUAUAUAUUAUGUUUCUUUAUACCCUUUUUUUUAAGAAGAAGAAUAAAAACUGUUGGGUUUCAAUGUACUCCCUUGGGUCUCUAUUUAUGUCUGCAGAAGUGCCGCUGUUAUGUAUGAACCGAAAGAUUUUGGAAUAAAGAAACUGA